AUGAUUACUUACUCAGAAUAUUUUGACGAAUAUGUAAAAGAUUUAGAUAAGUACAUUCAUAAAAUAAAAUCAUCCAUUCAUCAAAUACAAAAUCUAGAAGGGAUCCAGAAAACGAAAGAGGACAUUUUCGAGGCUGAGAAAUGUAUAAAACAAAUCAUAGUGGAGACGAAUAGCCUACCGAAAGGAUCGCACAAGAUUUUUGAUGACAUACGUAAACACCAAGAGGACGUGCAGAAGUACAAAAAGCUGCUGAACAAAAUGAGCAGUGAUUACUAUUCGGACGAGGUGCUGAACAAAAGGGAAUAUGACACCACGAGGAAAUACAUGGAGGGGACCAACUUUCUAAAGGAAUCUGAGAGGAGAGCCCAAGAUGUAGAGGACAUGGGAUACACAAUAAUGAGCGAACUGACAGCGCAGAGAAGUGCCAUCCUCAGAACGAAACUUUACACGGACGAAACAAUGCAAGAGCAGAGCAGAGUGAAAAGGAUGCUCCUGAGUAUAUACCACAACAAGGUGUUGUUUAAAUGCUUGCUCAUUCUGAUCAUAAUUCUGUUGGCCAUUGCCAACAUAGGGGUUAUAAUUUACAAAAUAAAGUGA